CUGGUGGUCUGGGUGGGUUCAUAAAAGCUCUCGCAUAUAAAGACUGUUUUACUUUUGAGCAUAAACCGACGACUGCUGUUGAUUUAGUUUUUAUUUUAUACCAAAAAUGGCUUCACGUCCUCGUGGAUAUGGCAUGUCUGCUGCUGCCAACAGAAAGAUCCUGGAGAAGUAUGAUCCCCAGCAAGAGGAGGAAGCUAGAAUCUGGAUCGAGGCUGUUCUCGGUGAGAAAGUGUUCGGAGGAGCUGAAGGCCCAGAUGACGUUCAGAAGGUCUUGAAAGACGGCAAGAUCUUGGCAAGAUUGGCCAUCAAGCUUGGAGCAAAAAUCAAAGUCAACGAGCAGAAUAUGCCUUUCAAGCAGAUGGAAAAUAUCGGUAACUUUCUGUCACAUUGCGGCCAUCUUGGUGUUGCUUCUGGCGACCAGUUCCAGACCGCUGACCUGUACGAUAACGCUAAUAUGACAUCGGUGAUUUCAUGUAUUCAUGCAGUUGGAAGAAAGUGCCAGCUUAUCAAGGACCUUGAUAUCCCCACACUGGGACCAAAAGAGGCAGAAGCAAACGUUCGCGAGUUCACAGAGGAGCAGCUCCGCGCGGGCGAGUCUAUCCUAGGUAUGCAAGCCGGUCCGACACAGGACCAGGUCGCCUCUCAAUCCGGGGAUCAUUACGGGCGGGGUCGACAGAUCACUGACCAGCAUAAGUGAACACGUGAUGCAGCACCGAUGAACACGUGAAGCAGCACCGAUGAACACGUGAAGCAGCAUUAGUGAACACGCUGAGUAGCAUAAAUUAACACGAGCACCAACAAAAUGGAAAACGUAGAGCAACAGAGGAGUUGAUAUAUUUUGUUAUUUUACUUGUUUACUUGUUAAAAAUUGUGUCAAACAAAGAUCAAACCGUAGGCUUGGAAAUCUGAUGUUUCCCAGUAAUAAGAAAUUUUAAGUAUCAUUGGGAUGGGUGGUCGAAUCACUUAGUACAUUAGACAAAAAAAUAUAUUGAAUAAAGAACACACAUAAUAUUGAA